ACAUAGUCAGUGAUGGUUCAGGGCAAGCGUGAACUCAUCGCUCUGUGUCUGGGCAUCAUGGGUCUGAUCGGAGCGGUGGCUGUCACGAGUCUUCCCAUGUGGAAAGUGACGGCGUUCAUCGGUGAGAACAUCAUCGUGAUGGAGACGCGCUGGGAGGGUCUGUGGAUGACGUGCUUCAGACAGGCCAACAUCCACAUGCAGUGCAAAGUCUACGACUCUCUGCUGUUCCUGCCGCCGGAGCUGCAGGCGGCCCGUGGGUUGACGUGUUGUGCUCUGGCUCUGUCUGGAGUCGGGCUGCUUGUGUCUCUCGUAGGCCUUCGUUGCACGUUGUGUCUCAGGGAUCAACCGCGGGCCAAACGCCUCAUUACGAUGGCCACGGGGGUAAUGCAGAUUUUAGCAUCCUUCUGCAUAAUCAUCCCUGUCUCUUGGACGGCCCACACCAUCAUUAGAGACUUCUACAACCCUCUACUGAUUGACGCCCAGCGCAGGGAACUAGGAGAGGCGCUGUAUAUCGGUUGGGUAACUAGUGCUUUUCUGUUGGCGUCUGGAGUUAUAUUUCUUUGUCGUCGUGUUGAUCCCAAACCAGUCUCAUUUCAUGCUCGUCCACCAGCUAACAAACCCAUUUCAAACCACGUCCACACCUUUAACUCUAUGAGACACCAGCCUUUGGUCCAGAGCAACAGUCUUUCCAUUCAACAGCCUUCGGUGUCCGUGUUCAGCUACGCUAUUACGCCCUCUAGUGGUCAACAUUCACCCUACAGUAUGCAGGCCAUGGCCACGGGGUCUUUAGUGUACAGUCAGAACGGUCAGAAUCCAAACUCUUAUGGCCAAAAUGUGAUGCAGUAUGUACCCAGGAACAGACAUUACCCACUUCAGCUUUCCACACACUUUAAGGGAAGCACUGUCAGUGAUCCGUACAAUUCAUACUCAACCGGAUCCACGUUUCAUCCUGUGCCACAGAAUCCACUCUUCGUAGGGUACAACUACUCCAGGAUGCAGUCGUACAGCUCGGACAGUAGCACUGCAUUGCGCAUAUAAGUGUUUUGAUGAAUUUUAAUUAAAAAACAAAU